AACAAGCCUGACAACUCAUCAUCAUGAGCGGCAAAGCAGGAUCCAGCGACGCUUCAAAGAGGCUUGAGGGCAAGGUAUGCCUAGUCACGGGCUCAGCGGGUGGCAUUGGCCUCGUCGCGGUACAGGAGCUGCUCCUCGCCGGCGCGCGGGGUGUCACACUGAUUGACCUGCGCCAAGAGGCACUCAAGACAGCUCAAGAGCGCUUGAAUGAAGCGCUCGCGCACCUCUAUACCCCAGAACAGAUUGCGGAGCGCACUCUGUUGCAAAAUGCCGAUGUGUCGGUAGAAAGCGACGUUUUCGAGGCUGUCCGAGCCACGAUGAGCCGCUACGGCCAGCUCGACGUCGCCGUCGUCAACGCAGGCUUGAGCCAAGCACCUCAGAGUGUGCUGUUUGAAAGCGUCGAGGUUCUCGAUCGCCUCUACCGCGUCAAUGUUCGAGGGGCCUAUAUCACACUCAAGUUUGCAGCACUGGCAAUGACAGGAUUGCUUCCAGCGACUUUGGAAGACACCAAGCAAGUGAAUGGGCUUGGUUGCAACUCUGCCAACCUAUCCAGAGAAGGUACGGCAGGCAAGGGAAAAAGCAUCAUCAUUGUCAGCAGUGUGGCAGGAUUGUACGGCGAGGCACUCCUCGUUCCCUAUGUAACGACCAAGUGGGCUUCGCGUGGCAUGUCGCGCUCGGCUGCUCAGGAGCUCGGUUCGAUGGGCAUUCGCGUCAACUCUAUCCAUCCUGGGCCCACGGACACGGAGAUGUUCAAGACGGCGUUUGACACACAGGAAAAGAGGGAUGUUAUUUCUGGCAAGACGGCUCUCAAACGUGUCGCCAAUCCGACGGAGAUAGCAAGGGCUAUGCUCUUCCUUGCUAGCGAUGACUCAUCAUACAUGACUGGAGCAUCCCUUGACGUCCACGGCGGUCAGGUCUGAUCCAUUCACGCCAGCAUCUUUGAAUUUCCGGC